CUUUGAUUAGUUUUUAUAAGUUUUUAGUCUUUUGCUAACAUCCUCACAUGACUUAUAGCAUAUAAAAGCACAGCAAACGCUCUGAAGAAGACAAUAUUAGAAUUGUUGACACCCAGUUUGAACGGUCGAAGUUUCUUAUUUAAAAAAUAACGUGUGGAUAAUUAAAAAAUGAAGAUCCUUAAUAUUUGCUUGAUUGUUUGUGUAGCGCUUAUAUCAAACGCUAAGUGCAAUUACGAAGAGGCGAAAGCAGUUGCAAAUGAGUGUAAGGGAGAAGUUGGUGCAACAGAUGAUGAGCUUGAGACGAUUUUGAAGAUGGAAGCAGCUGAGACUACGACGGAAAAAUGUCUGGGUGCAUGCGUCAUGAAAAGAUUCGGUGCGAUGAAUGGUGAUGGUAAGUUUGAUAGAGAAAAAGCCAUGGAGAUUUUGGCAAUUAUCGCCGACGGCAAUGAGGAGCAACAUGCCUUGGGCGUGGAAGUUCUAGACGCAUGUGCUGAUAUUGACGUAAACGAGGAUCAUUGUGAAGCAGCUGAGGAAUAUCGCACUUGCAUGCACGCCAAAGCAAAGGAAAUUGGCUUUGUAGUGGGGCGUGUUUAAAUUUGCUUAAAUUGAAGGACAAACUUGGAUAUACGUGAUGACGAUUUUGGCUUAAAAAUUAUUAUUCAUUAACCAUAUUUUAAGUUCAGCUGUUUCUCUGUACUCUCUGUUUUAAAAUUGUAAAAAAUAUGUUACGCUUUAGUAAAUAAAUAAUUAUACUAGAAUGCUUGAA